AUGUUACAACCACCCUCUCCUCUACUGGAGAUGGCAUCUCUUCGUCUUCCGGACUCGGAGGAAUUUGAUCUGGAGUCGCGACACCGUACCAGUGGUAAUGUUUUAUUGACAACUGGUUCACCACCUCUGUACCUUGCAAAUGAUGUUUUUGUCCAAACAAAAGAUGAUAUACGGGAUUAUCUGAACAAUUCAUUGAGUGAACUGGUCUCCGGUGGUUCACGAACGGCCUUGGAAGAGUCUGGUUCGAGUAAUGUACUGUUUAACACCAGCGACUCGGGUGCUAUACCAGUAGAACAUGUACCAGAUCGUUUUUACAGGCACAGUAUGGCGAUGACCGCUGUUUAUUGUGUUGCUUAUAUGCUAGUAUUUAGUAUUGGACUCGUUGGCAAUAGUUUUGUUAUUGCAGUCGUUUAUCGGUCACCAAGAAUGCGUACUGUCACUAAUUUUUUCAUCGUUAAUCUUGCCGUAGCUGAUGUACUUGUAAUAGUUUUUUGUCUACCUGCAACGCUUGUUGGUAACAUCUUGGUUCCUUGGGUUCUAGGACGAUUUAUGUGCAAGACUGUAUCCUAUAUUCAAGGAGUAUCAGUGGCUGCCUCUGUAUAUAGCCUGGUUGCCGUUUCGUUGGACAGAUUUUUGGCGAUAUGGUGGCCAAUGAAAUGUCAGAUAACAAAACGUCGAGCCCGAAUGAUUAUAGUUGUAAUAUGGUUUAUCGCAUUAACAGCAACUUCCCCUUGGUUGUUAUUUUUCGACCUGAUAAAAUACGGUGAUGACCCAGAGUUGAGGUUCUGCGUGGAGCGAUGGCCGCGUCCGCAAGACGGUACACUCUUCUUCCUAAUCGGUAAUCUUUUGCUGUGUUACGUAUUACCGAUGAUACUAAUAUCCUUGUGCUACAUUCUUAUCUGGAUAAAAGUGUGGCGUCGUCACAUACCAACGGAUACCAAGGACGCACAAAUGGAAAGGAUACAACAGAAAUCAAAGGUUAAGGUUGUAAAAAUGCUCGUUGUUGUUGUUAUUCUUUUUGUCCUGUCAUGGCUGCCACUGUACGUUAUAUUUGCGCGAAUAAAAUUGGGCGGGGAGCAGGCCGAGUGGGAGGAAGAAGUACAGACGAUUGUUACACCAAUUGCCCAGUGGUUGGGAUCAAGUAAUUCAUGCAUUAAUCCGAUACUCUAUGCAUUUUUUAAUAAAAAAUAUCGACGGGGUUUUAUGGCAAUACUGAAAAGUGGACGCUGUUGCGGUAAGCUCAGGUACUAUGAGACAGUUGCCAUCAUGUCUUCUUCAACAAGCAUGAGAAAAUCAUCAUAUUAUGUUAACAAUAAUUCAUCAACACGCCGUACUUAUCAUGCGCCACCAGUACAUCAAGAUAGUAAUGUGUCUUACAUUUUUAAUCAUACUGGAGUGUAA